UCAUAAUCUCACCAGCCUUUCACACACACACAAAAGUGAAAUCUGCUUCUUCAUUAAUUCUCUCUUCUUUUUUUUUCUCCCAAGAAUCCUAGGAUUUGGGGCAAGCUAAGGUUGGAGUUUGAUGUGGUUGUUGUUGAUCCAGUGGAUGAAAAGAUGAAAUCUUUGAGCAGCAUAGGGCUAGCUUUGAGUGUGAUCUUUGGGUGUCUUUUGAUUGCUCUUCUUGGAGAGUUAUACUACCUGUUAUGGUGGAAGAAGAGGAUCACAAGAAGAGGGAUUGAAGAUGGGCCAGGCAAGGAAAUUUUCUACUUUUUCUGUGGGAAAAAACCAUCUUCUUCUUCUUCUCCAUCUUCUUCUGCAAAUUCUGCACUGAAACCCCAGGAGAUUUGUUCCAGUAUCACCCUUGUCCAUGAACCUCAACCUCAGCUGCAGAGCCAUGGGGAUUCAUGGCAAGAAAGCAUGGAGGCUGAGCUGUUGAGACUCUCUGGUCCACCAAGGUUUCUGUUCACAAUCAAGGAAGAAACAAAUGAGGAUUUGGAGUCAUCAGAGGAUGGGAAAUCUAAGAGCAGAAAAGGGUCAAGAACCAGAAGCCUAAGUGAUGUUCUUGAAACUCCAUUCUUGACCCCCAUUGCUUCUCCUCCAUACUUCACCCCACCCCUCACUCCCCUCCUCAACCCUUUCUUUGAAUCCACCACAGAUUUUGAGUUCUGCAGGCCUUCUCCCCCUCCAACUUUCAAGUUCUUGAGAGAUGCUGAGGAGAAAGCCCAGAGAUUAGUCAAGAAAAAGGAAGCUUCUUCAUCUUCUGUCCCAGACAAAGAAGCCCACAUUUCACCCUCACCAUUCCUUUCUGCUCAGCCCUCACCAUUUUCAGCUAGAGAUGAGGAGAAUAAUGGUUCGUUCAUUACACUUAUCUUCCCAAGAACCAGAGAGGAACAACAUGGUAAUAAUCUCAGUGUUUCACACUACCCUUCAAGCUCUUCCCAAGUUCUUCCUUUGGCUACUUCCCCUCCAGCUCCACAUUCACCAUUAUCAACCCUCAGACCCCUCCACACCAGAUGAAUCAUUCCUUUCAUCAGAUUAGUGAGGACUGAAUUUCUUGAUUAGCUCUUUUCUAGUUCUAUUUGGAUUUUUUUUACUAUCUGAGGGGUACACCGGGAGGAUUACAAAAGACCACAAUGAAAUAAAUCAGACUAGAUUGUCCAUAACUAAUCAGCUCAAAUCAAGAUGGUUGAUAUUCGAAUUCGUGAUUUUGUGAUUACAAAUUUGUAUCUUUAGCUAUCUUAACUGAGAUUAUCUCGAUUUCUCUUGCUCUUGACCAUGGAGCAAAUGGGAAUUUUGAUCAGGUAGGUGGGGUCGGUUUUUGGGGGUGUGGGGGGGGGGGGGGUUCAGAGGGGACAACAUUCUAUGCAGACUGCUAACUCUGCUAAUGAUGUCUUCUAAGCCAGUGGGGAAAGUAAUGUGAUACUUUGUUCUUAUUCAAUUCCCAUGUCUCCAUGGCUGUGCUGUACACCUGUAAUCAUCCCUGUAGAUGAUCAGAGCACUCACUGCUGCUGACUCAGAAAUUAUAUUCCACCAAAAAAAAAACACAAAUUCCUAAAUCACAUGAAUUACUGUA